AUGGCCACUCGUGUCAAACAGAUAUCAUCGGACUGGCAGUGGAAGGAACGGGACACCACUACUGAUCCCGUUACCCAUGAACUCGCAGCGAAGGACUUCCCAAGCGGCCCUGACAAAUUUGAUACCAGAGCUGCAUGGCGCUCGGCCACCCAGUUUCCAUCCGAAGUUCAUGUCGAACUCAUUCAGCUAGGCCGCAUUCCUCACCCUUAUAUCGGGUUCAAUGAGCACAAUGUUCAAUGGGUCGGAGAGAGGGAAUGGCUCUACCGGAAUACCUUCGCCAUCGAGGCGCGUGACCGCAACGAGUAUGCUGAAUUGUUCUUCGAGGGACUGGACACGUUCUGCGAUGUAUACGUGAACGAGGAGCUAGUCCUAUCGACGGAUAACCAGUUUCGCACUUACCGAGUCCCACUUAGUUCACGCCAGCUGGCGACUUCUAAUGAAGUCACGCUUCUCUUGCACUUCAAGUCGGCGAAACUGAUAGCCAAACAGCUUGAAGCCAAGUACGGGCGCGUGAGGGCGGGAUCGACCAACCUCGGAGAUCCUAGUCGCGUCUACGUGAGGAAAGCACAGUAUGACUGGCGAUGGGACUGGGGCCCAGAGCUUCUGACUUGUGGACCAUACCGACCGAUCUCAUUGAUAACAUACAAGACACGCAUAGCUGACCUGAAUACUCACGCCGUCGUAGCUGCUCCUCCGCAACUCCUGCCAUCAUUUUCCCUGGACAUACGUCUGUCGGGCGAUAUAUCUGCGACAGACAGGGUCCGAGUUACACUCAAAGACACCACCACUGAGAAGGAGAUCCGCAGUGAAGAAACGGUCAUAAAUGGUUUGCAAGUGAUCGACGGACAAGCCAGCGAUGUCGUCAAAUGGAGUUUCCAGGCUAAAGACGUAGAGCUCUGGUGGCCUGUGGGCUACGGAAAGCAGAAGCUAUACACCGUAGAAGUCCUUAUUGUAGACAAGAACGGUGGUAAGUUGGACCAAGCAACGCAGAGGAUCGGGUUUCGACACGUCGAAGUGGUGCAAGAACCACUCAAAGAACCGGACCAGUAUGGUGGUGGUACAACGUUCCUGUUUCAAGUGAACGGCGUAAGGGUGUUCAUAGGCGGCGAGCACUUCUGCUCCAACUGGGUCCCCGGAGAUAACCUGUUGACUACGAUCACCCCAGAGCGGUACCGCGCCUGGCUAACACUUCUUCGUGACGGCAAUCAGAACAUGGUCCGCCUGUGGGGCGGAGGCGUGUAUGAGCCUGACGUCUUCUAUGACACCUGCGACGAGCUUGGGAUCCUUGUCUGGCAGGACUUCCAAUUCGCUUGCGGUGUUUACCCGGCCCAUGAUGAAUUCGUGGAGAACGUGAAGAUCGAAGCUGAAGAAAGCGUGCGGAGAUUGAGGAACCAUCCAUCGAUGGCGCUUUUCUGCGGGAACAACGAAGAUUAUCAGCAGGUCCUACAAUGGGGAGGCAUCUCGGAGCUUCCAGCGAGGAGGAUAUACGAGGAAACUCUUCCUGAGGUGGUCUCUCGACUUACGUACCCGGAAAUCCCUUACCAUCGAGGGUCUCCCUACGGAGGUAAAGGAUGGGAUACGUCUGAUCCAACCAUCGGAGACGUGCAUCAGUGGAACAUCUGGGCCGGCAAGGAGUUACCAUGGCAGGAGUACGAUCGCAUGGGCGGUCGAUUUGUAAGUGAGUUUGGGGUUCCAUCGAUGCCAGAUAUGAGAACGAUCAGGUACUGGACCGGCGAGGGUAAACUGCCGCCAUUCGCCCAAUCCAAGAUCAUGGCCCAGCACUGCAAAGCUGGCGCUUUCGAACGCCGCUUCGCGAUCCUUAUGAACGAGAACUUCCGCCUCACCAGCGAUCUCGAGACCCACGUUUAUAAUACGCAGAUCCUCCAAGCAGAAGCAAUGGGUUUUGCGUAUAGGUCUUGGCGACGCGAGUGGCGCGGACACGGGAAAGAAUAUACUGCGGGGGCAAUCGUCUGGCAACUCAACGACUCCUGGCCGGUGACAUCUUGGGCCAUAGCUGAUUAUUUCCUUCGUCCCAAGGCAAGCUACUAUGCAAUCGCAAGAGAAAUGCAGCCGAUAACGGUGGGGAUAUUUCGAACGGUAACAAAGAACAGGCCCGAUGAUCGGCCCCGUCAGUUUUACGAAUUCGGGGCCUAUCAAUCUCUGGGAGCGAGGAUCGACAUCUGGGCGACGAACAGCACGCUGCAAGAUGUGUCAACACGGUUCGAGCUUCGUUGUGUGGAUCUCGAAUCAGACUGGACACAUGAACACCGGGAGGACGUCAUCCUCUGCGCCAACAGGACAACAGAGAUAUUGUCAAUACCUUGCCCGUGCCCCCCGCACCCGCUGACUACUGCGGAUGGAGACCCGGUACCUACCAGUUCACACUCGGUGGUUGUGGGAGCACGUUUGAUACGUACCGAGACUGGAGAAAUCGUGGCCCGAUAUGCUGACUGGCCGCAGCCACUCAAGUUCAUCGACUUCCCAGAUCCCUGUCUCGGGCUGGAUGUGGACGGUGAUCGCGUACAGAUCCGGGUGCGGAAACCUGUCAAAGCUCUGGUCUUGUCCGUUGAUGGAGAAGAGGGGCCUGAGGUACGGUGGGGCGACAAUGCGCUUGAUGUUAUGCCGCAUGACCCACAGGAGGUACGGGUUCAGCAUUUGAAUGGUAGGAAGGUCAAGGCAGCAUACAUGGGACAAGAGAAAGCGGUAGUUUUGUGAUAGCAGCUGGAACGAAAGUCAAGGAGGUGCUGAAACUCGACGCAUAUCCUCCUGUCUAUGCAGGUAUACAGUUUUGUAGCGCUGGAGUUGCGUCUGAAGUAACACCCGGAAAUAAGCCGCGAAUUAGAUAUGGCGUGCCCGCGAGUAUGUUUGCUUUUAGACCUCUGCGAAGCCACGGCCCUGCGAACGCUAGACAUCGCC